CACCUUUCCCGCCCGCGGCCCCACGCGCGGCCCGCAGCGAACUACACUUCCCGGCAGGACGCGGCGCGCGCACGCGCACGGGGGGCCUCCGCCAUGGCGACAGUGCUGUCCAGAGCGCUCAAGCUCCCGGGGAAGAAGAGCCCAGACCUCGGGGAGUAUGACCCCCUCACCCAGGCUGACAGUGACGAGAGCGAAGACGAUCUUGUGCUUAACUUGCAGCAGAAGAAUGGAGGGGUCAAAAACGGGAAGAGCACCCUGGGGGACCUGCCCGAUGCAGGGGACUCAGAUGCAGACGUGGCUGGGGCUGCGAAGCCACACCUGUCAGAAGCUGUCCCAGAGGGUUACCCCUCGGAGCCCCUUGGGGGUGUGGAGCAGAAGGCCACCUCUCCCCUGGUGUCCUACGUGCGUACGUCUGUCUUUCUGCUGACGCUGGUGAUCUCGAUGGUCCUGGUCCUUCUCUGCGCCUUCCUCGUCCCCUGUCCUCCCAGAGACCUGCAUAGCACUUGGAGCCGACGCCUAGGCUCCCAAGGAGGCCCUUUUUGUUUCAUUAUGUGUACGCCAGGCGGGGACCUGUCUCCCCUGGAGUUGGCUGACGUGAAUAGAGAUGGCCUGCGGGACGUGCUCCUCUCCUUUGUGACAACCAGGAAUGGGACUGAAGGAGGUGGUGGCUCACAACCAACUGCAGAUCUUGUGUGUCUUUCCGGGAUGAAUGGCAGCACACUGUGGUCCAGUCCCCUCCCAGAGGAGGCUCAAGAUGUCACAUGCUUGGAUCUGAUGCCAGGAAGCAUGGCCAAAACCAUCUGCCUCGUGACAGGGACACGCAAGAUGCUCAGUGCAUUCAAUGCGACAACAGGGAAAGUCAUGUGGACUCUAGACCCGGACCAUCUGUCUAAUGGCACCUUGGCCGCCCCUGUUGUGGUGCUGCCGGACCUGGACGGGGACGGUGUCAGAGAUCUGGUGGUGCUGGCCAUCGGAGAAUUGCAGCCAGAUCUGUGUUUUCUGCUGGUUUCUGGCCGGACAGGGAGUCCCGUGGGCCGACCUGUGAAGUACAACAUCGUGGGAGUGGGGAAUCUGAUUGGUCCCCAGGUUUACAUCACCACCAGUGGGGCUGUCUACAUCCUGUUUGGCUUUGGAAAUAUACAAGCUGUCGCCCUGCGGGACAUUUUUGUUCAGGCCCAGAACCGAGACAGCUCACCACCCUCUCUGCAGAUAGAAGAGCCGGAAUGGGAGAAGCGCAGAUCUGUCAACCUUUCGGAGCUCAUCGAUGUUUACAGCGAUGGAGUUGAGCUUCUCCAGCUGGUAAAGGCCCCAGAUUCCAACUGCAGCAGCCUCUUGAUUACAACCAGACAAGGCCUGGUCCUGCUUCGGGGACAAGAUCUUACGCCGCUCUGGAAAUUGAGCCUCCAAGGCUUGCGCAGCCAGCCCACUCCUGGGUAUUUCACCGAUGAUCAGACAUUGGACUUCCUUCUGCAGACACAGGAUGGAGUUGGGAUGAAAAAGAUGACGGUGGUGGAUGGUGGCUCUGGCUCCAUCAUCUGGAGUCACAGUAUCCCAUGUCACAUGAAGGAAACGCCAACCACUUCUGCAAUUACUUCAGACCAGAAGUCUGUCUUCCUCUUCUGGGCAGAAGCUCUGACUGCUGCAUCUCCCAGUUCUGAUGACACCCCAGGAGCUGAGCCUCCUGGCCUUUACCACCUCUACCUCCUGCACCCAGCCUUCCCGUCGAUCCUCCUGGACCUGACCAACACCACUGGCGUAGUGACAGCUUCGGAGGUUGGAAUCAAUGACAUCUGGAAAGAUGCCUUUUAUGUCACCAGGAGAACAGGGAUGAGCCCGGAUGGACACCCCACCUCUCUGGUGAUCAGCAAGCUUAGCCUGCGCUGGGCACUUAUGGAAGGCCAGAUGGUCCAGCUGAAGGAGACCACCCCUAAAAUUGGCCGUGGGGAGCUGCGAAGAUUCCUCUCCAGGAUCAAGUUUGUUGAUUCUCCCUACCAGAUCUAGUGCGAUGGAAUCCAGCUUCAGAAGACCCUUACAGAGCAGCUCCUGCCCCUCCUGUGUCAGUUCUCUGGAGACAUGACGACUUCAGGGUCAUGCAGCACUCGGGGACCACUGCACU